AUGAGACCCUCUGAAUACGCUAUCCCUCCCGGAGGUUUGGUGCUGGUCACCGGAGCCAAUGGGUAUAUUGCGUCGCAUGUUGUCGAUGUAUUAUUAGAGCUAGGAUACAAUGUUCGCGGGACUGUUAGGCAAAGUAAACCAUGGUUAGAUCGCUUCUUCGAAGACAGAUAUGGCAAGGGUAGAUAUGAGAGCACCGUGGUGUCAGCAAUGGAAGAAGAGGACGCCUUUGCCUCUGCUGCCAAAGGAACUGACGGAAUCAUCCAUGUGGCCACAGACGUUACUCUUGCCAGUGAACCUCAUAGGAUCAUACCGGCUGUCCGAAAUGGCACAAUCAAUGCCCUCAAGGCAGCUUCGAGUCAAGAGUCAGUGAAGCGCUUCGUUCUGACGUCGUCUUCGACUGCGGCAAUCAUUCCUCAGGCCAACAAAAAGGGCGUCAUAGUCGAUGAGAGUACGUGGAACGACGACGUUGUCGCUCUCGCAUGGAGCGGCACAGCACCAGACUCUGCAAAAGGCUACACAACGUACGCGGCUUCGAAGACUGAAGGGGAACGGGCUGCAUGGAAGUGGGUGGAAGAGAACAAACCCGGGUUUGUUCUUAACACUGUAUUGCCAAAUUGCAAUGUAGGCAAAGAUUCUUGGCUCUCUCGCAGGCUAUUCCCUUUUUCUCAUGGACUGGCUAAUGAAUCUCAAGUUCGGCCGAAUUUUGAUACCAGAGCACAUGCACGGUUCUACAAUGGGUUUCAAUACUUCGUCGACGUCAGAGAUACCGCUCGUCUACACGUGGCAGCCCUUCUUGAUCCAAAUGUCAAAGAGGAGCGCAUAUUCGCCUUUGCAAGAGAGUACAAUUGGACAGAUGUGCUUACCAUUUUGCGCAAACUACGCCCGGAGCAGGAAUUCCCUGACGAUCCCGAAAAUGAAGGCCGUGACUAUACAGAAGUUGUUCCUAUAGCCAGAGCCCAGAGAUUGCUUCAAGACUUUUUUGGCCAGACAGGUUGGACAUCUCUGGAGGACAGUCUGGCAGCUGGGAUUGAGGACAUCUAGCGGCUGAUUGCAGCAUGGCCUGUGCCUGCGUUGAGCUUUGAAGAGAGGUGAAAUGCACAAGACAUCUCUUUUUGUGAGGUCUGUGAAAUAGAUAGGUACUACAGCUAUAUUUCUC